UAGGAUUUCGUUGGUAGACAUGUUGAAUUCGAUAUUUUUGCUGUUCACCUUUGGUGUUUUCUCUUUAUAUGCUGAGGCUUUAUCGAUGGACGAUCUAAAGCAGAAGUAUGUGGACAACAUAUUAGAAUGUAGUAAGCAGUACCCUAUAGACCGAGCAGAUGCAGAACAGCUCCAAAACAGAAUUAUGCCUGAUAAGGAGCCCAUCAAAUGUUUGUUUGCCUGUGUUUACAAACUGGCGGGAAUGAUGAACGACCAGGGAGAGUUAUCAGUUGAAGGUGUCAAUGCAAUAUCACGAAAGUAUUUGGCUGAGGAUCCAGAGAAGUUACAGAAGAGUGAAGAGUUUACCGAAGCUUGCCGAAGUGUGAACGACGCUCCAGUCUCUGAUGGAACAAGAGGCUGCGACCGAGCUGCUCUAAUAUUCAAGUGUACGAUUGAAAAAUCUCCUGAUGACAUCGCUAUGUGGAAUUUAUUGGUUGUGUUUUUGGCAAUAUGCAGCUGUGUGUAUGCUCGAAGAAGAUCUAGUGGUGCUGAGAUAAACGGUCUAACAGAAGAAGAGCUCAAGAUGGAGUUCACAAAGUUGAUAAUGAAGUGUAACAAGGAUGGAGAGGUGGACAUGACGGAACUGGUUCAGCUGCAGAACUACGUGGUCCCGACGAAGCAGUCGACAAAAUGUGUUCUAGCAUGCGCUUAUAAGGCUGCAGAAGUCAUGAAUGCUAAAGGCGAAUACGACAUCGACCAUGCAUAUAAAGUAGCUGAAAUGAUGAAGAACGGAGAUGAAAAACGGCUGGUUAAUGCAAAGAAAAUGGCAGACCUUUGUGUUAAAGUAAACGAACUCAGCGUAUCUGAUGGUGAAAAAGGUUGUGACCGAGCAGCUAUGAUAUUCAAAUGCACAGUUGAAAAUGCACCCAAGUUUGGAUUCAAGUUAUAAAUAACAAUAUGUCGUGAUGCUC